GAAAUUCUGCACUCCACCUGAAAUUUUCUUAUCGUCAUAUGACCCAUUCUUGCUGGUGGCAGUCGCGUAAGCCAUAUUUGUCAGUGGGUUCGCUAGUUCCGUAGUGUGUUGUGCACUUUUAACAUCGUUCUGGCCUGUGAAUACUCCUAAUAACUUAAAAAAUGACGACUGAUGAAAAAUACCCAGUCUACGGACCCUUCUUUGGCGUCAUGGGGGCCGCUUCAGCAAUUAUAUUCAGUUCGCUGGGUGCCGCCUAUGGUACUGCAAAGUCAGGAACUGGUAUUGCCGCCAUGUCGGUGAUGAGACCAGAAUUAAUUAUGAAAUGUAUUAUCCCCGUUGUCAUGGCUGGUAUUAUUGCCAUUUAUGGUCUAGUCAUAGCUGUAUUGAUCGCUGGUAAUAUUCAAGACAGUGACUCUUACUCAUUAUACAGUGGUUUCGUCCAUUUGGGUGCAGGACUUUCAGUAGGAUUUUCCGGUUUGGCGGCAGGUUUUGCAAUCGGUAUAGUGGGUGAUGCCGGUGUCCGAGGUACCGCACAACAACCAAGACUCUUCGUAGGAAUGAUUUUGAUCCUCAUUUUCGCCGAAGUAUUAGGUCUUUACGGUCUUAUCGUCGCCAUCUACCUCUACACCAGAGCUUAAGCGCUCAUUUCCCCUAAAAUAUCAUCUUCUCAAUACAGCGUACCAAAAUGUUGCGCCUCUCGCCCCCGAUCAUUUUGUUUUUAAUGUUUACAUGUAAAAAAAAUUAAAUAAAAACUGUAUAAAGAUGGUAGCAGGUGAUGAAAGUGACUAAGGCGGGCGAUGUAAAUAAUUUAGUUAUGAUGGGGCCUGUAUUUUUAGCACACGAGGCAAAAAUAAAUUAAGUAUCUUUUCUAUUAAUCAAAAGACUGGGUCUCUCGUUAACUGUAGUAUUUUGCAUUAAUAAUAUUUUUAUCUUUUGAAAAAUAAAAGUGUAUCUCUUCCUAGGCGAAAUAAAGAUGAACGAACUGUUUAUUUAUACAAAAAUACUUUAUUUAUUUGGCCUCGUAUGUCGUAAUACCAGUACUAUCAUUGUAAAUAAUUUUAUCAAUUUUUAAAGCCUCCAAAUUCAUUUUCAUGGCGGGUCACCACUAUAUUAAAUUAAUUGUAUAGUUAGUAGAUUUUAGGUUACAUUUAUUUUCUUUUCUUUUAAUAUAAUAUUAAAACUAGACUCUAUUGAGCCUAGGAAGUAUUUGAAUAAAGUUGAAACAGUAGCACAAUUUAUUUUUAAUUUCACAGAAAAACAAUAAAAUACAUUACUUUUUAUUUCUUAUUGAAAAUAGCCGUAGGAGGCUUUCGGCAGUUCUUAAAAAAAGAGAAAACAAAUUCGGUUCGGGAAUGUUAUUUUUGACAAUUUCAGUUGCUAAUUUUUUUUAGAAAAUAUUCUCCAUGAGUUUUAUUUCCAUUCCCAUGAUUCUCUAUUAUUCAACCACUUAGAAUGUACAAGGUAUUUGAAAAGAAACGUUUUUAUGUUUUAUUCAAGUUUAUUGUAAUUCCCUCGUAUAGCAUUCAAUUCCGAAGUUUUUCUCUAUUCUAGAAUAUGUGCGAUAGUACUAUUUUAUGUAUUAAUACUUUCUAUAAAAAUACUACAUUUUUAUUUAUUUUUUUAUAUUUAAACCAGCUCGAAAUAUUCUACAUUCAAUUUUUAUGUUUCACAUUACUUUUACAUAUUAUGAAAAAAAUAUGGUUUUGUUUAAUAUAUUUAAUGAGGGCUACCGCAGUUGAAUAGCCAGAAGAAGCAAUGCCGCAGAGAGAGGCUAAUUCAAAUGACACCGUUUUAAUUUUAAUGAAUCAUCGUCGAAAUUGAAAUGUUUAUCUAAAACUAGAAAUUGUUUUGAAGUGGUAUAGCUGUUCUACUACUUGCUAAAAUUAUAGUCGCAACCAUUUCUUCCGUAUCUGGCUUAAAUCAGCUCUCUUUCUUCCUAAUACCAUACUGUUUUGUAUAAUAAAGAGUACUACUGAAUAAACCUUAACUUGAAUUUUGCACCAUUGUUAUUUUUUCUCUAAGCCUCCUACACUACCAAUGACUGCUUUAAGAGAGUGUUGUCUUACAAAAUUUUGUGUUCAUUUGUUUUAAAGAAAAACCUAAUUGCACAACACAACUCAAUUCUACUCUUUUCUGCCUUUCAAUUUUUCCUAUUCGGCAAUAAUUUAUAUUUAAAUUCCGCCUUUAAUAAUUUUGACAGCUAUAUUUCAAUACCACAUGAGUAUAAAAAUGGUAGCCCUCGUUAUUUAUUUUCAUAUUUCAAAUAUUACGAAAAAAAAUCAUUUCAAUAAUAUACAAGGGACAUACACUAAAUUUAAUAUUAUAAAAUGAUUAUGUAAUACCCUCUUGUGAGUUGGAGAGUUGAAAGAGAAUCAUUACAUUAGCAAUGUCCUGAAAGGAUUCAUAAUUUCAAUAUUUCCAAAAAAUUUCAUUGAGAACUAUUUUUUAUAAGAUUAGUAAAAGGUCUCUACACGUCAGUAGAACUGUGGUAAUUUUUUAUUGUCUCAUCCUUUCUUUUAAAAUAGAUAAGUGGAACUUUAACAAAAGUAAAAUCGAAAACUGAUAUCGUUUAUUUUCUACAGAUAACGUUUGGAGAAUGUUACAAGAAGAAAAAUUCUGUAGUUAUCGGGAUAAAUUGAGCAGGAGGGACAAAAUUUAUUUAUACGUUAUUGCAGAAAAUGAAUGAUUUAUAUACCCCAUACCAAUGUCUGAAUAACAUUCGUAAACUCCCAACUUAGAUUUUUUAAUACUAUUUUUUAUUUCUUUAGAUCAUUUAAUUUAAAUCGAUAAUCUGAAGUUCCAUUACCUUUCCAAAAAUAAAACAGUUUUGUUCAUGUCCAGCAUUGUUGUAAAUAAUGACAACGUAAGUGUAUUGAUGGUUUUUUUUUGGUGUCCAUAGUUAUACGUGUUAGCCUAAAAGUGUAGUCUAUAGCUUCGACAAAAAACAUCCCCGUUUCGAAAUACUGACGAAAAUUACUCCAAAUCGGGCGGCGAUGCUUUUUGACUAUAGCAAACUAAGAAUGUUAUACAGGGUUAACGGAAACGGGAAUGCUAAUUCACAUCAUGUAACACAAAAAACAUAUCUCUCAUUCUCUAAAUCCAACUUAAUGAAUAAAUAAAUAAAUAAAUAAACGGUUUUGUGUUACAAAGUAUAGAUUUUCUCUUUCAAGUCAACCCUGUAGUUAUUUCCUCUUUUAUUUAGUCUUGAUUCAUCGUCUCAGCACGGAGCUUGUUGGGUGAUAAAUGUCUGUCAAUUUGAUGUGAAUUGGCACAUCAACGUCGACAGGCAUUAUAUGCAACCCAUUUUGUUGUAGAGUAUUAUAAUUAUUAUAAUGUAGUAGAUUGGUUCUGUUGUAAGAAGGGAACAGCAAAAUUAUGUUGAAAAUAAAUAAUUUGUACAUUCCAUUAUAUCUCUGUUUUAUCAA